GCAUUUUCAUCCUCAAUGGCGACUUCCGGCAGACAGGUGGAAGUACACAUCUGCAGAACUGCACUGCAGACGUGCUUGCAGGGGGCAUCGGCUUGCAGAAUGGAAGCCUCGUGCAAAAGGAGGGCUACCUAUGGAUUAGCGACUGCCAUGCCGGUCAGGCGGGUGGUGCCUGCAGCGUCCAAGAAGGCAAUGUCGACCAGAAUGGGACCGGCGAGAUUUUCUUCGAUGGCUGCUCCUCGGAAGGCGUCGGAGGUGGCCUUUGUGCCUUUUCUCGGGGCUCAGUGAAGCUGAUGGGGAAGAGCGUGUUUCAGCACUGCGUCGCUGGAAUGAGUGGUGCAGCUCUGUACAGCAUUGCACCGACAACAGUGGCAUCUUCCACCAUCAUCGACACAACCAGACACGGUCAAACUUCCUUCUUCGUGCGAAGCAGCCUCGUCAUGCAGAAUGUGUCCAUAUCGGGCGCGUUGCAGCAGCCGUUUGAGGCCCUGGCAAGGGAGAUCACCAUCACGCAGCCUCCAAACUGCUCGCUACUGGCGGAUGGCUGCCAGUUCACCGCCACAUCUUUGCAGGUGCCGCCGCCCCUCUGCUCCCAGGGCACCGGAGUCGUCAACCUCACCACGGACGGGCAGUCGAUGAUAGGUUGCGAAAAAUGUCCCCAGGGUUUCAUGCAGCUCAUGGAUGCCAAGUCAGAGGCCUGCCGUCCGUGCCCAGCCAGCGCUCAGAUCUGCGAGCCUGCCCGGGUCAAGAUGCGGCCGGGUUACAUGGUCACCAUACGUUCGAGCAUCAAUGACCUGAGCCCACCACGGCGCUGCGCCGCACCGAAAGCCUGCCCUGGAAGAUCUUUGCCGGAGGAGCGCUCUUCCUGUGCGGAAGGCUAUGCUGGGGAUGGAUGCCUGCACUGUGACAGCACGACCCAUGCAGCUGCUGAUGGGCAAAGCCUUUCUUGCACGAAGUGUGGAGUCGGUCGGGAUUCCUUGCCCAUGGAGAUUGCUUAUCUCACGGCCAAGAUGCUGGGAAUCUUCACGAUCGCUCUCUUGGGAGGCUUUGCGCAGAAGGACGAGGAGACGACCACAAGCAGCAUCCUCCUGAACCAGCUCAUGGCUUUCAGCGCCGCCGGCCUCGUCGCAGUGGGAGCUGCUGCAGACACGACGGCGGCCCGAGCAGACGAGACCCUGGGCAGCAUGCUCCAGACAGCCCGGCAGGUCUUGGCCGUGUCCCAGGCGGAUUUGGGCCUGACCUCCUUCGAGUGCAUCCUGAGUUCUGCUGGCCGGGCGUCCUCGAUGGGCGUCGCACAGGUCCUGUCCACGGCCCUACCCACACUGGUGAUGCUGAGCGCUGGCAUGCGAUACCCUUACCUGGCCCUGGUGGCUGGCAGCAACUGCUUCCUACCCGGCUUCGCCGCAAGCGUUGGAAAGUUUGUGGUGGUUGUCCCAGACGUGGAAGUGGAAGAGACAGGAGAGAAAUCGCAACUGGCCAUGCCUGACUUACCCCAGGGCUUCUCUGCAACCACUGGCGUGAUGUUCUUUGGCGGGCUGAUCUUGCUUUCCUUCGCAGCGGUCGGGCUAGGCUGGUCCUAUGUCACAGUCAUGACCAAGGAGUCGCCAACGCCGGCACACGUGGCCUACCUGCGGAGCGCCUUUACCCCAGACCACUCGGCUGCUGAAGUGGAGAGGAUGGUGCGGAAGAUGCUGUUCAGACUGCUGCCUGUCCUUCUCCCGGUUGGAGCCUACCCCGCCUCACAGAUGGCCUGUGCCUCUAUCCUGCUGCUGCUUGUGCUGGUGAUAUUUAUGCACAUCAAGCCUUAUCGGGAGAUGUGGCUGAAUCAUGUCGAGAUUGCUUUGAUUACCACCGCACUCCUCAUGGUCUUUAUGGCUAAAUGGCUGCUGAGCAGGGAUGUCGAGGGCGCUGACGGCUCUGCCAUCGACGUGUUCCUACUGGGCACACUGGCUUCAUUGGGCUUUACUGUGGCCAUUGCGCUGACGGCAUCCCUGCUGUGGUUUCUAUUUGGCGAACGACACGGUCGAGAGCUGCUGGAGGACUUCUGA